GAAUUAUUUAUGAUUUACGCUUAAACAUUAUUACGUAGAAAAAAUUACUAAAAGUUCUGUACGAUCUGUUACGAAAAGAGAUUCCGACGAGAAUCAAACGGUAUUAAGAAACAAGGGGGAAAAUGACGGCCCCGCCGGAGGCCAGCGCCAAACUGGCAACACUGUAGUUAAAUAAACAACGGGGAAGAUGGCGGAGGUGAACGAAGCGGGCGACGGGCCGAUGUCGUCGUCGUCCAUGUUGCCCGAGAUGGAGCAGAUCAUCCGGAGGCUGGAGCAGGGAACGGUGCUCAUCAAGUUCUACCUGAAGAGGAGGCCCGAGAGGCACACCUUCUGCGUCAAGCUGGAGACCAGGCAGAUCAUCUGGUACCGACCCGGCGGACAGGGAAGGAACACUUUCGGAGGCUCGGUCGAUUUACGAGAAGUAAAAGAAGUCAGAAUUGGAAAAUCUUCUAAAGCAUUUGAUCGCUGGCCCGAAGAUUCUCGUAAAUGGGACCCCAAUAACUGCUUUGUUGUACUCUAUGGAAAUGCAUUUGUUUUAAAGUCUUUGGCUUGUGUCGUGACUAGUAAAGAAUGUGAACAAUGGGUUCGAGGUUUACGGCAUUUGGCAGAAGAAACCGUUACAGCACCUUAUCCAUUACAAGUAGAAAGAUGGCUUCGAAAAGAAUUUUAUCAAAUGGCAAAUUUUAGAAAUGUAUUAUCUCUAAAAGAUGUGAAAGCUUUUCUUCCAAGAGUGAAUUGUAAAUUACCUACAAACAGAUUAAAAGAACAUUUUCAGGAGGUUGAUCUCAAGAGAGCUGAAGAAAUUGGAUUUGAGGAGUUUGCUAAUCUCUAUCAUAAUGUCAUUCAUGAUGAACAGCUGCUUAAAGAUUUAAGACAAUAUUCAACAGAUUCAAAAAAAGUAACGUUACAAGAAUUUCAGAAUUAUCUCAUUCAAGAGCAAGGAGUAAGGAUAUACUUAAUAGGAUUACUUUUUCUUAUUUAUAAAAAUUUUACCUGUUUUGAUAGUUAAAUAUUGUGAUGAAGGAAAUGAAGAUGGAUGAUUUUUGUCAAGAACAGACCAAUGUUUAUUAAAUAAAUUGAAUAAAAAUAAGGAAAAAAGUAAUUAAAAAGGAAAAAU